AUGUGGGACGGUGUUUCGGUAUGGGUUGCUCGAAUUGUGAGCUCGUAUCCAAAAAUUUGCAUCUUCGUCUCACUGGCCAUUGCAGCCAUUUUCACUGCUGGUCUCACUUUUGCCAAGAUCGAAACCGACAUUCGACGCUCGUUUUCACCUCAUGAUUCUGACAGUGCCAAUGAAGCACGACGAUAUCUCGAUUUCUAUGGACUUUCGGUUUAUCCCACUAGAUCUUUCAUCUUAUUUCAAACGAAAAACCCUAAUGGUAACAUUUUGAGACCAGAAACACUGGACUUCAUCAAGUCAAUGGAUGAGGAGUUGAUGUCAGUGUUGAAGAGAGUCGAUUCAAGCGAUGGAUUUCCUGCUUGUCAUCCCGUUUGCAAUAUCAACUAUGCAUUUCAAAUGUUUUUGUCCGAAUUGCAAGAAGAACGAGCUGGGAAGAAGAGCACGAUCGGUCUACGCCUUUUCGAUUAUCCUCGCUCGACUCUCCGUGGUGCCGAAGUCUUCAUUGGUCUGAAUAUUUAUGGAACAAAAAUGAAAAAUAAACCAUUUGCAAGCAAUAGCUCGAAAAUUGUGGCCGCGAAUACGGUGAUCCUUCACUAUUUUAGUCGAUUCGACACACCCACGCGAAUCCGCGACUAUAAAAAUCUCAUCUUGAGCUUGUUUAAACGCUCGCAACUUUCAACCAAUUCGACUAGUCUCGAUUUUCAUAUUUUUGGCGAAGAAAUCGCAAAUCACGAGAUGGUGCGAGGCGCUUUUGAGGCAAUCAAGCUAAUGUCAAUCGGUUUUGUGCUGCUUUUUGUUUUCGUUUCGUUCGUCAUCCUUCGCACCACUUCAAAGCGAAUGACUGUACAACUUGUCGCCACAACAAUUUUAACUCCGAUUCUGGCAACAGUUGCGGCUUUUGGUCUACAGUGUUAUAUGGGUUUCCCAAUUUACUCGAUUCAAUGUGUCACACCGUUUCUCGUUCUUGGAAUAGGAGUCGAUGAUGCUUUUAUUCUCAUUCAUUGGUGGAAUCACUAUAAACAUUAUCGAGAAAGAGAUGUUCGCAUGAAAAAAGUGUUGGUUGAUGUAGGCCCAUCGAUCACGAUCACUUCUCUCACGAAUAUUAUCGCGUUUGGAGUCGGUUUCCUCACACCAACACCACAGAUGUCAAUGUUUUGUCUCUGUACAUCAAUCGCUCUUCUUCUUGAUUACAUUAUUACAUACAGCAUCUUGGCUCCUGUGGUUUAUAUUUGUUCGCCAGCCCAAGAACCACCGAUUAUUUCACCACAAGACAAAAGCCUAUCACCGAUCAGACAAAAGAAUAAUGAACUGGCUGAGAAGGUGUUUCGAGGGUAUGCUCGAAUGGCUGUUUCAUCUCAAGGGAAACUUCUCUCAGGGCUUUUCUUGUUUGCUCUUUAUGCCUUUUGUGCGAUCGGGGUUUUUCGUGUUAGAUCCACCUUUAAUCCCUCAAAAGCCUUCCCAGCUGACUCAGUUUUGGUGAAAGCCGUUCGGAAAAUUGAACCGGUAUUCAAUCAAUUUUUCCCUCUACAUAUCUAUGUCUCCAAUCCACCGAAUAUCACAAAUCCCAGCGAGUACUCUUCUUUUUAUUCACUUGUUCAUCACCUCGAAGGUCUUCCGAUGGUUUAUGAUGGAAAUCGAACGGUUCUCUUCCUUAAUCAAUAUGAAAAAUUCGAUAAACAGACAACCCAAAUGUUGUCCUCACUUUUCUUCGCUUCUGAACAAAAUCAUCCACUUACAUUGCACAAUUUGGGUCCUUUCCUUGACAUUCUUGGGAAUCCGCCAACGAUUAAAUAUCGACGACCAGAAAAAAGUGGAGACGAAGGUCAUCUCGACGCUUUUGCAAUGACAAUCAUUGCAAAAGGGAUGCACGAAUGGGGUGAACGGGCAAAAUACGAGGAGCUCGUUCGACAAACGUUGAAGGAAUAUCCACAAUUCAAUGCGACUCUCUUUGACGCCGAUUCGGCGGUAUUGGCUGUGAUUUUGACAACACGCGAUGAUUUAAUUGGAUCGAUUUGUUUAACGGUGGCAUGUAUGGCUUGUGUCUGCGUGUUAUUCAUCUCCAACAAAGCCGGAGUCGUUAUUGUAACAGCUGUCAUUUCAAGCAUUUGCUUUUGUCUUGUCGGAAUGUUAUCGUGGUGGGGAGUUGAUAUGGAUCCAGUGAUGCAAGUUGACGUGCUGCUAGCGACAGGGUUCUCGGUCGAUUAUACAGCUCACAUUGCUUACCAAUACUACCAAGCAAAAGGCAGUCCAGAAGAUAAAAUCUAUCAAAGUCUCUCUGAGAUGGCAAUACCUAUGUUACAGGCGGGCAUCUCAACUUUUCUUUGUAUGCUGCCAUUGAUCUUCAUUCAAACUUACACAAUUGUUUGCUUUGCAAAGACGAUAUUUAUUGUUGUUGGUUGUGGCCUUUAUCAUGGUCUUAUCGUUUUACCGGUUCUUCUCUCAUUUACCGGAAAAGAAACUGAGAAGUCACUUCCACCCCUAAUCGCUCCAACCGAACCACUCCUUGUCAGCAAAAAAAACGACGGAAAU